UUAAACACACAGAAUUGUGGGAUAACUACUAUGGGUUCCUGAAUGCAAGUUUAUCAGGAAAUGUUUUGUGCUCAGAUUUUGAGAUUAAAUCCAUCCAUCCAUCUUUAGCUUUAAGGCAGAAUGGUUCUGAGGGACUCCAGGUGUUGUUGCAAAAUAGGGAGGAGCUUUUACUUUGAAGAAUUCUGGGAAAGCUAUUACAAUUUCCUGAACUUAAAGAUGUAAAUAUUCUUCUAAUCUACAGUCAGAAUGAUGCGUUUCAUGCUGCUUUUCAGCCGUCAAGGCAAAUUGAGGCUCCAGAAGUGGUAUACUCCGUUGCUUGAUAAGGAGAAGAAAAAGAUUACUCGGGAACUUAUUCAAAUUGUGCUGUCUCGACAAUCCAGAAUGUGUAGUUUUGUUGAAUGGCGAGAUCUGAAAAUUAUUUAUAAAAGGUUUGCUAGUUUAUAUUUCUGUUGUGCAAUAGAGGAACAGGACAAUGAGCUUCUGACUCUAGAAAUCAUUCAUCGUUAUGUGGAACUUCUGGAUAAGUAUUUCGGAAAUGUUUGUGAACUGGACAUUAUUUUUAAUUUUGAGAAGGCCUAUUUCAUACUGGAUGAAUUUUUAAUCGGAGGAGAAUUGCAGGACACCUCAAAGCAAAGUAUACCAAAAGCGAUAGAAGAAGCAGAUAUGCUUCAAGAGACCAUGGAAGAAUAUAUGGCUAAACCAACAUUUUAACUUGGACAUUGAAGAACUGGAAGAUAUAGUUUAGAAGUUCAGCCUAUGCAUAAACCUACAGUGACUUAAAAUUUAGAUAUUUACAUUUUGCUGCUGCACCACACUAUAGAAGAAUGUCAUCCAAAAUGCAGCUAGCACUGUGCAAUAUUGAGGCGUAGUAUUUUUCCAUGUUUUGAUAUUUACAGAUCUUAAUGUACUCUUCACUCUACACUUUCGGUUAGCAGGAGGUUUUUCACUACCUUUUUUUAAAAAAAAAAAUUACAAUCCUUCUUGAAUUAGAUUAUAUUGUAUUUCCUCUAUUGUCAUUCAAAAAUAUCCUAUUCUAUAGAAACCAAUCAAUCUGCCAAAUGUGCUUCUCAUCAUAAAUAAAGCAUUUAAUCCUGAAAUUCAUGUACCAAAUUCAGGUAGGCAAUUGAGGUUGUCAGUCAAUGUAAUGGUUAUGUAUUGUGAAAAUUAAUGAAACUGUGAUAAGCUUUUAUCUUUCUGCUAAUUUUUUUUUUUCAAAAUGAAAGGAUGUUACUUUAAACUAUUUGAAAUAGUUUGAAGCUGUAAAACUUAAAACCAUUCAACACAAAGUUCCAGCUCAGACAAUAAUACCGUACAGGGGGGAAACUGCUUUUUCAGAGGAGCUGAUUUUGAACGUGAGUUCCAACUGCUCUUUCAGAUGGAUGAUCCAUAUCAAUAUUCAAAGGAAAUCAACAAUUUGCUUUAGUCAUUGUUACCAAACACAGACUUGUUGAGAGUUUGCAUCAUUGCACAAUUGAAAUUGUUAUUCACAUUCAAACGCAGCUAAAUACAACAUCCAAGAUGCUGACCUCCUUCUGAACUCCUGAAAUCCAUUAGAGAUUGUGGUUUGAACCUAUGAGAAGUUCUUGGCAGCUAACUUUGUCCACUUUUCAAUGGGGGGAGCAGAUAAUUGAGGACAGUGACAAUCAUAUUUUAAGCCCACGGACGUAGCAAGACUAUCCAUCAUCUGUUGGAAAUAUAGAAUUAGGUUAUCUGUCACAUGGAAACUAUAUAAGCCCAAUGCAAAUAAAAUCUUCUGUCUUAUUUAUUAUUAAUCUUCUUCAAUUAGCAAGGCUGCAAUGUUCUUAAUUGCAAACUAUGGGUUUUAAGUAGCAUUGUGGUCUCUACUCGCCAUCUGUUUGACAUCCAGCUAAGAAUUGUUAUUGAUUAUUUAACUUUAUGAAGUUCCUUUUUGCCUGAUGAAUAUUAAAGUCUCCUUUUUUGAUUUUUCAUUCAGCAAUUCACCUCUGAAAGGAACAACCAAUUUUAUUUAUUUUUCUACAAUCUUUCAAGAAUUUGCAACAGGAUGGUGAAAGAUUUGCUUUAAGUUAUAAAAGUUUAGUAUCUUCAAUCAUAAUCCAGAGAAAUAUAUUUAAGGUCGAAUUUUUAAAAAGAGGCUAUGAAAAGUUUAGCAAUGUACCUUAAGGUUUGAAGAGAAAUAUAAAAAAUAGAGUUGAGAUUUAAUGUCCAGGACUAAUGCAGUGAGUGAUUUUAUAGCCACAGUUAUUCUUCCGUCCACUGGGGCACUGCAAGGUACAAAAAACAAAUUACUGAAAAGCUUAUUUAUUAGACAGAACAAAUUUGUGGCACUGUGCUAUUGAACAUAAAUGUAUUUUGUGUCUGUAGGGUCUCUUUGCUCCGGGUCCCAUACUAGAAUCCAAUGUAUUGCUUAUUGCUAGUAGGCUCUUUCCCUAUUCAAAUAUUUAGUUCUCUUUUUCUCUAAAAGUUGCAAUGAUCUCUGCUCCAACUUUUCCUUGUGGUUGAGCAUCACUGUAUUGAUUUUUUUUAUCAAUCUUCCUCCACACUACCUUUAGAUAGAAUCAUAAAUUCUAGAUUAAUGAAUCUUCAAACAGGAAAUAAUGUUGCCCAGUUCGCUAUUGCAUAUGUCCAUCCAUUAUAAUUUCUAUCCAAUUUCAUUUUGCCAAUAUCUGUGAUCUCCAUGUAUAACUAUCAUUUCUCAUCCCUAGUCUGUUUUGGUCCAUCUGUGCUAUAACCAAAUGGGUAUUAUGACUGGUAACAACUGAGUCUUAACUGGAAAAAGACACCAUUUGGUACAGUGGUGUACCUUCAUCACAUGGACUGGAGGGGUUCAUGGUGUCAACUCAACACUACGUUCUUGAACAGUAAUGCUGGCCUUGGCAACAAAACUUGUAUCAUAUAAACAAUUUAAACAAAAAAUUGCAUCCAAAGUAAUUGAGUGGAAAUGCAAACAACAUUUGCACCAGCAAAUAACAAUUGAAAAAAAUUCUUAAUUAGAUGUAUUAGAAUACAAAAUUAUGUGCCUACAAGGUGAGAAUUACAGCUUUGGGUAGAACAUAGAUAACCUUUAUACAUCGCUACAGAUGUCACCAGAACAAAAUGUACAACUGACAAUGGCUGUCAUUUGUUUAGCAGUAUAAGCAUUGAGUCAGUUCAAAUAAAUAUUGUUCCUUGCAAUGCAAA